AUGUUGUCUUCGCGCCGACAGCCAAUGGCUGCAGUGCCGGCCUUCCAGUCAGCCAAUGGCCGGAGCUCCAGGCCAGGGCUUGGGAGCGAGGGCCUGGGGAACCUCGCGCGCCGAUUCUUGAUUGGCUGGUGCCGCGAAGCGCUCGGGGAAGGUAGACGGGCUCUUCCUCUACCACUUCCGGGCUCAGGGCCUCGGUGUUGUCUUUCGAUCUCCUCCGGCACCUUGGUGCUUCACGCUGCGGGGAGCAGCUUCUCUCUAAGGUCGGAGCUGGAAGAGCCUUUAACCAAGUGGCUGUCUAACUCCUUUAGCCUACAGAGUGGCACACUGAGGCCGAGAGACGUUAAAAAUGACCGGCCCGCGGUCACCCAGAUGACGUAUAUCGAAGAAAAGAGUCAGAGAGACAGUACCAGAGAAAGCUGGAGGAGGAAUCGUAAGAAACCCAAGUGACGGAGCCUUCAUUCUCAACAAAUUAAGUAGCCCGAACUUACUUUAAUGACUGUGAA